AGUCUUCUUGCUUGUGUUGUAUUCAACUUCCCUUACCUGCAAAGACAGACACAGAAAGAGAGAGAGAGAACACAAACAUAACACAAAGCAAAGAACAAGUAUAACGUGGCACAUAGGAAAACAAAGAAAGAACCAAACGAGAAGUGAAAAGUAAAAAACAGAACAUCAAAACAGAGUACCUACUCUGUUUUCAUUCUUUCUCUGCCAAAAACACACCAAAUUUUCUUCUUUUCUGCACUUUCUGUUCACUCUGAUUCUUCUGGAAGUGGGUUUCUUCGGUUUUGUUCUGGAAACCAAGUUUUGAACAUGGUUUUUGGUUUCUAAGUUCCAUGUAGAAGAAAAUAUUUUGAGAAAAAAAUAGUAGUAUAUAAAGAAAAUAAAGCUAUGACUUGGAAAAGUAGAGGAGAGGUUGUUCCUAGAAGCUUUAUGUCACAGAAAUGGAUGAUUUUCUUGUGUAUUGGAAGCUUCUGUGCUGGAAUGUUUUUCACCAACAGGAUGUGGACUAUUCCUGAACCUAAAGGACUUGCAAGGACAACAGCAAUGGAAUCUGAACAAUUAAAUUUAGUUUCAGAGGGUUGUAAUACAAGAAUUUUGCAAGAGAAGGAAGUGAAGCGCGACACGAAAGGCGUUUUCAAGACACAAAAAACCAUAGAAAAUUUGGACAAGACUAUUUCAAAUUUGGAAAUGGAACUAGCUUCUGCUAAAGCAGCUCAAGAGUCUCUAAAAAGUGGUGCUCCUGUAUCAGAAGAUAUGAAGAUAAGUGAAUCAACUGGUAGGAGAAGGUACCUAAUGGUUAUAGGAAUCAACACUGCUUUUAGCAGCAGAAAAAGAAGAGACUCCGUUCGCGCCACUUGGAUGCCACAAGGUGAGAAAAGAAAGAAGUUAGAGGAAGAGAAGGGCAUUAUCAUCCGCUUUGUAAUUGGUCAUGGUGCCACGACAGGUGGUAUCCUAGAUAGAGCCAUUGAAGCAGAAGAUAGUAAACAUGGAGAUUUCCUGAGGCUGGAUCAUGUUGAAGGAUACCUUGAAUUAUCAGCAAAGACAAAGACCUAUUUUGCCACUGCUGUUAACUUGUGGGAUGCUGACUUCUAUAUCAAAGUUGAUGAUGAUGUUCAUGUAAAUAUAGCAACGCUCGGAGAAACUCUAAUUAGACAUCGAUCAAAACCACGAGUAUACAUCGGAUGCAUGAAAUCCGGACCGGUUCUUGCACAAAAAGGAGUAAGGUACCACGAACCAGAAUACUGGAAAUUUGGUGAGACAGGAAACAAGUACUUUCGUCAUGCCACAGGACAACUGUAUGCUGUUUCAAAAGAUCUUGCCACGUAUAUUGCUACAAACAAGAAUGUUCUUCACAAGUAUGCAAAUGAGGAUGUUUCGUUAGGAGCUUGGUUUAUUGGACUUGAUGUGGAACACAUAGAUGAUCGUAGACUAUGCUGUGGUACAACAGAUUGUGAAUGGAAGGCUCAAGCAGGCAAUGCAUGCGUUGCUUCAUUUGAUUGGACAUGCAGUGGAAUUUGUAGGUCUGCUGAAAGAAUUAAAGAAGUCCACAAAAAAUGUGGAGAAGGUGAGAAAGCUUUGUGGAGUGCUUCUUUCUAGGAGAGGCAGCUUCAAGUUCUUCCUAACUCAGGAAGAUUAUAAUUAAAUGUAGCAAUGAAAUUAGGCUGCAAUAGUUUUUUUUUUUUUUUCCUUUUCAUUUUCUAUAUGUUUUAGAAGUAUAGAAAAUUUUCAUUUUAAUUACACGAGAGCAGGAGAUAGAGAUAAGAAGAGAGAAGAAAAGAAAGUAAAAAGUGUUGUCCCAUGGACCCUUCUGCAAUUUUAAUAAAAAGGAGAUUGACCAUGGUAGCUACUAGAAUAGGAAGCAUGGGAUAGUUCUCUCAAUCCAUUCUUUUUUUAAUGCUUGAAGGGCCAUUUUAUUACUAUAUUAUGUUAAUAGUUCCAUGCCUAUCAAGCUCCUAAUAAAUAAUUACUACUGAUAAUGACAAA